AGAAGGGGGAAGGGAUCAAAGAUUCAGUGUCCGGGCUUCCGUGGGCGAAGAAAGAGAAAGUAAGCCCUGCAGUGCAAGAGAAGGAAGGAAGGAGGGAAGGAAGGGGCCGCGCUUGUCCUCCUCCUCCUCCUCCUCCUCCUGAAGGCGUCACAAGAGAGAGCUUCUCCCGGGACGGAGGCGAGGCUGCGACGGGUAUGGCGAGCCCUUGCCUGUGGCUGUCCCUUUGGGGGCGGAUGCUCCUGCUCCUCCUGUGCGCCCUGCCCCUCCGCGCCGCGCCGGCCCUCCGCCCGGGGAAGUUCUGGCAUAUCACUGAUUUACACCUGGACCCCACCUACCACGUUGCAAGGAAUCACACUCGGGUUUGUGCCUCUUCCAAAGGGGAAAAUGCUUCCAACCCUGGCCUAUAUGGAGAUUUUAUGUGUGAUUCUCCGUAUCAACUUAUUUUAUCAGCUUUGCAGUACAUAAAGGAUUCUGAUCAACAGGCAUCUUUCAUGAUAUGGACAGGAGACAGUCCCCCUCAUGUUUCAGUGAAAGAGCUGUCUACAAAAAUAGUCAUUGAUAUUAUUGGUAACUUGACUUCUACCAUAAGAAGCUUUCUCCCAGAUCUCCAGGUUUUUCCUGCAUUGGGAAAUCAUGACUAUUGGCCACAGGACCAGAUACCUGUGUCAGCCAAUGAAGUUUACAAUGCUGCAGCAAAUUUCUGGAGACCUUGGAUUACUGAUGAAGCUGUCAGUACCCUAAAAAAAGGUGGCUUUUAUACACAGAUAUUUCAUCCCAACCCAUCUGCUCAGCCUCUUAGGAUAAUAAGUUUGAAUACAGUCUUAUACUAUUCUCCUGACAACACGACUCUGAAUAUGACAGAUCCAGCAAACCAGUUUGAAUGGCUGGAAAAUGUACUAGAAACAGCAGAACAGAACAAGGAAAAGGUGUAUGUGAUAGGACAUGUACCAGUAGGCUACAUUCCUUAUAUGAGAAAUACUACUGCCAUGAGGAAACACCACAACGAGAGGUUGAUAGAAAUCUUUCGGAGACAUGGCAGUGUUAUCGCUGGACAGUUUUUUGGACACACUCACAGAGACAGUAUCAUGGUUCUCCUUGAUGAAAAGGGAAAACCUAUAAACUCCUUGUUUGUGGCACCUGCCGUGACACCAGUGAAGGCUAUCUGGGAAUCAGACACAAACAACCCAGGAGUGAGACUAUACCAAUUUGAUCCUUCUUCAUAUAGUCUACUGGAUCUUUGGCAGUUCUAUUUGAAUCUCACAGAAGCCAACAUGAAAAAUGAAUCAGUCUGGAAGCUUGAAUAUGUUAUGACCAAAGCUUAUGGAAUGGAGGACUUAAUCCCAGAAAGCCUUUAUGAAAUGACAAAUCGAUUGAGUGCACCACAUAGCACAUUAUUUCAAAAAUAUUACUACUAUUAUUAUGUGAGUUAUGAUGAUCCACAUUUGUUCUGUGAAAAGCACUGUAGAAUCAGCCAGUUGUGUGCAAUCAAACAUUUAGACUUCCCUUCCUAUAUAGAUUGUAUUGAACAUGAAGAAAAAUUGCAACUUUGAGAAUAGGAACUAUUCAGUCUUAAGGAAUUGUGCACUCUAAACUCAGUUCAGAUGUAACCAGUAAAUUGUAUUUAUCAGGCUGAGAACAAAUAUUGUGUCCUUGUUACUUCCCUCCCUUUCAUGUGCCAGCUUGGAAACUUUCGUUGUGCUUUGACCACAGUCUUCUGUUACAUUUGACUGAUCCUGAUUAAGACUACAUGACAACUUUCCAUUUUAGAUAUAACAAAAAACUAAUUUCAACAAGAAGAUGUUAGAAGUCUGAAUCCUGUGUGCAUAAAAAGAAACAUGUAGGCACAACAUUAGUUCUUUAUGUAAUACAUAAUGAUUUAUUAAGCUGAAUGAAUCAGACCUAAACAUAAAUAUUUUAUUAAUUCCUUGUGCUAGGAUAUCAAUUUAAAGACCUAAACAUAAUCAAAUGAAACAUCGUACAGUAUAAGUAUCUAGGUAACUUAGUUUUUGAUGUUGUUAAACAACACAAACAGUAAUUCAGGCAGCAAGAACAAUCAUAGUGUAUUCAGGGUGCCUUAUGUAACCAUUGCAACAUUUGUGUCAGCAUUUACUCUCACACAUACUGCAUUCAGAUGAGUGAAGAUUGUAGAUCCGCAGACAUCACAGACUGGGUUGCAGGUAGCACGGUUGUCAAGGGAUAUUGUGUACCAUCAUUGUUUAAAAUAUCUAUUUGUGUGUAGCCAUGGGUGCUAAUGACGAGCCAUAUAGUUCCACCCUUCAGUAUAUUGGAGGAGCUUUGCAAAAACUGUGAAAAACUUUGGAGAAAAAAAACAGAAUUGUGAACUGUUUAUGAAAUUAUAGUUUUGAUUCUCUUGUCUUAAAACUUUGGUCAAGGAUACUGGUGGAUUCAGUGCCACUGGUGCCAUGAAAUAAUUGUUUCUUCCGGUCUCUCCCUUGACUCCAUAUUUCUUUUAAUCUAUGAUUGUCAUGUGACUUAAAUUUCUUCCAGUAUAUUGUUUGGUGCACCAUCUUUUAUUUUGUUUAUAAUGUUAUAUUUCAUAUUCUGUUUUUUUCCCCUUUUGCUGAUAACUUGAACACUUUCAUCAAGCUGUUGUUUGAGUUUCAAAUCUAAAUUGUUUUCUUUUUGUGGAAGGGGGAAUUAGCUGAUUGUCUCCAUCUCAGGAACUCACACAAUCUUUUAAACUGUGUUAAAAUAAACCCUGUUCGUGCAAAA